AUGUCUAACGAACAACAAUCUGAAUUGAAACUAUGGGGUGGUAGAUUCACCGGUAAGACGGACCCUUUAAUGGAUUUAUACAACGCUUCGUUGCCAUAUGAUCAGAAAAUGUACAACGCAGACUUGGACAAUUCGAAAUAUUACACCGAAGGUCUUUUGAAAGCGGGACUUUUGAACCAAGAGGAACUCAGUGAAAUCCACAGGGGUUUGGAAGUCAUCCGUGGUGAGUGGGCCAGCGAGUCAUUUGUCGAAAAAGAAGGUGAUGAGGAUAUUCACACCGCCAAUGAAAGAAGAUUGGGCGAGAUCAUUGGCAGGCACAUUGCUGGAAAAGUACACACUGGUCGCUCCAGAAACGAUCAAGUGGCCACCGACUUGAGAAUUUACUGUCGCGAGGCCCUUGAAAAAAUGGAAAAGAUCUUGGGGGGUCUCAUUGGGGCCAUUCUACAGAGAUCAGAAACCGAAAUCGAUGUUUUGAUGCCAGGUUAUACUCAUUUGCAAAGAGCGCAGCCCAUCAGAUGGUCGCACUGGCUCAACUUGUACGCAACGUAUUUUACAGAAGAUUUCAAGAGAUUGGAACAAAUCAAAGAGAGACUCAACGUUUCUCCACUAGGAUGCGGUGCUCUCGCUGGCCACCCAUACGGCAUUGACAGAGAGUACAUCGCGGAGAAGUUAGGAUUUAAUGGCUGUAUCGGUAACUCUUUACAGGCUGUCUCUGACAGAGAUUUUGUCGUCGAGAUAUUGUUCUGGUGCUCCCUCUUUAUGAACCACAUUUCCAGGUUCAGCGAGGACUUGAUCAUUUACUCUACCGCUGAAUUUGGUUUCAUCAAACUAUCAGAUGCCUACAGCACAGGUUCUUCUUUAAUGCCUCAAAAGAAGAACCCCGAUUCUUUGGAGUUGCUAAGAGGUAAGUCCGGAAGAGUUUUCGGUUCUUUGUCAGGUUUCAUGAUGACUUUGAAAUCAAUUCCAUCAACUUACAACAAGGAUAUGCAAGAGGAUAAGGAGCCUCUGUUCGACGCCCUUGUCACCGUAGAACAUUCCAUUUUGAUAGCCACUGGUGUGAUUUCUACUUUAGUCAUUAACAAGGAGAAAAUGUUCAAUGCUCUUACUAUGGACAUGUUGGCAACCGAUUUGGCUGAUUAUUUGGUUAGAAAGGGUGUUCCUUUCAGAGAAACCCACCAUAUCUCUGGUGAAGCUGUUAGAAAGGCGGAGGAAUUGAAGCUCUCUGGUAUUGACAAGUUGACUGUUCAACAGUACAAGGAAAUUGAUUCCAGAUUCAACGAUGACGUAGUUGACGUUUUCGAUUUUGAAGUUUCUGUUGAAAGAAGAACCGCGACUGGUGGUACUGCUAAAUGUGCUGUUAUGAAGCAAAUCCAAAACUUGAAGAGCCAACUUUCUUAG